AUGGAUGACAUCGAGACUAACAGCAGCGCGGCAGGAUGGGGCUGCCUGAACUUCAGUGGUACUGACAUGGACGACACAGGGGCCUGCGUGAGCACAGAGAGCGGGUUAGGUCAAAUCAGUGGGGCACAGAAGCACAAGAGCGAGAAGAUGAAAGACAGAGACGUCAGUAAGCCUGGAUCAUGA